AGAAUUAUAUUGUUAAAAUAAAUAAUAAAACAUAAAAAAUAGCAAACUUUAAAAGUAGUUAUAAUGUGGUUUACGCAUUUAGGAAAUUAUGGGUAAAAUAGUACUAUGCGGCUCUGCUUUUAAAAAGAAAUAAAAAGGGAAGGGGACUGAAUAAGUUCUAAUUCUAAACUAAAAUGAAUAUUUAUUAAAAAAUAAACAAAUAAAAAAAGAAUGAGAUUGAGAGGAAAAAAAAAAGAAUGGGAACUAUUUUUUAUGAAAUCUGUACCACGCGUGUACCCUGAGAGUACCACGCGCAUAUCCCGAGAGUACCACGCGCGUACCCGCAUGAAAAAACACAAAAAAAAACUCGGUACUUUGAGGGUACGUACCGGGGGAGUACCGUACGUGUACCGGUACCUUGUCUAAAAUAGAGUACCCAUGCAUCAUAUAAAUAUUUCAAAUUUUGCUUUUAGCUCCUCUAAAUUUUUUUAGUAAGUUUUGAUCCCCAAAUAUUUUUUGAGAAAUUUAAUUUACCAUCGGAGAAUUGAGAGUUGGUGGACCUAAGCUAUCCUUACAAAAACGGCUUUUAAGGUGAGAAUUUCCCUCACUUAUAAACACACAUUCAUGCUAUCUCGCAACCAAUGUGGGACUACUUAUCAGUUAUAAACUGUGAAUACAAAAAUCCAUUCAAAAGUACACAUGAUAUAAGAUAUAACAAACAAGGGAUAAGAAAGUUCUAAAUUUACUAAUAACAUUAGUUUUUGUACUAAACAUUCUACAAUCAAUAAUAAUGUUACAAAAAAUAUUUCCAUGGGAUAAGAAACAAGGUUACUAAUAAUUUUAUUUGCAUGAAUCACUUGCAUUCCAAAACUUUACAGGAAUUGAUGGCAUGGGACUGGGACUUGUUUCACAUCAUGAGAAACUGGGAAGGAUUUUUGAUUUGUGGUGCUUGCAUAUUCCAGUUGCGGAUCGAACACCAUUUAUAGACCUUGUGAAAUUAGUUGAGAAAACAGUUAGAUCAGAAUAUCAACGUUCACCAAAUAGGCCCAUAUAUCUUGUUGGAGAAUCUUUAGGAGGGUGCCUCGCGCUGGCUGUUGCGGCUCGUAACCGUGAUAUUGAUCUUGUACUAAUUUUGGCAAACCCAGGUACUUCGUUCAGCAGAUCCCAGUUGGAACUUGUAACACCAUUGUUGGAAGCUUUGCCUGGUUCACUCUCUUCUGCCCUGCCUAACAUUCUCAGUUUAACAGCAGGAGACCCUCUGAGGAUGGUGUUGGAUAACGUCGUUAAAGGGCUUCCUCUACAAAAUACAGCUAGAGAUCUAAUAGAGGACUUCACUACUUUCUCAUCAUCUCUUCCUGUUCUUGCAGACAUAUUACCAAAAGAAACACUUCUGUGGAAACUAAAGAUGCUUAAGUCAGCUUCUGAAUAUGCCAAUUCACGUCUUUACGCUAUCAAAUCUCAGACUUUGAUACUUUGCAGUGGAAAUGAUCAAUUACUACCUAGCCAACAAGAAGGUGAAAGACUACAUAAGUUACUGCCUAAUUGUGAUCUCCGUAAAUUUGAUGACAGUGGACAUUUCCUAUUACUGCAGGAAGGCAGCAUUGAUCUGGUAACGAUCCUCAAGGGCACUUCUUACUACCGCCGUGGCAAGUAUCAUGACUAUGUUUCUGAUUUCAUACCGCCUACACCUUAUGAAGCCAAACAAGUAAUAGAAUCAAACAGUUUGAUUAAUGCUGUCACAAGUGCUGUAAUGCUUUCGACUUUGGAGGAUGGAACGAUUGUAAAGGGACUUGCUGGAAUUCCUUCAGAGGGACCUGUUUUGUUUGUUGGAUACCACAUGUUGCUAGGAUUGGAAUUAGUUCCCUUGGUUUCUCGAAUUUUUAAUGAAAGAAAUAUCCUUGUAAGAGGAAUAGCACAUCCCAUGAUGUUUGCGAAACGAAAAACAGGAAGAUUGCCAGAAAUAUCUUCUUUUGACACAUUCAGAAUUAUGGGUGCUGUUCCUGUGGCACCAUCUAACCUCUUCAAACUUUUAUCUUCCAAGUCACAUGUCCUGUUAUAUCCUGGAGGGAUGCGCGAGGCUCUUCAUAGGAAGGGUGAAGAAUACAAGUUAUUCUGGCCUGAACAAUCCGAGUUUGUCAGGAUGGCAGCUAGAUUUGGAGCGAAAAUCGUACCUUUCGGUGCUGUUGGAGAAGAUGAUCUUGGCCAAGUUGUGAUUGAUUAUGAUGACUUGGUGAAGAUUCCUUAUUUCAAGUCUGAAAUUGAAAGCCUUACAAAUGAGGCUAUGCAGUUGAGGGCUGGUGCUAGUGGCGAGGUUGCAAAUCAACAAGUGCAUAUGCCUGGAAUUUUGCCUAAAGUUCCGGGCCGGUUCUACUAUUAUUUUGGAAAACCAAUUGAAACAGAAGAAAGGAAACUGGAACUUAAGGACAGGGAGAAAUCUCAAGAAUUAUAUUUGGAAGUGCAAUCUGAGGUUGAGAGAUGCAUUGCUUAUUUAAAGGAGAAACGAGAAAGUGACCCUUACAGAAGUAUACUAUCUCGGUUAUUAUACCAAGCUACACAUGGUUUUACAUCCGAUAUUCCAACAUUUGAAAUUUGAUAUUUCUGUACAAAGUAUGGUAAUUUUAUAAUUUUGUUAUCGAAAGUUCCAUAGGUUAGAAAGGCAAACUUUGUAAUUUGCCAAUAGUUUUACAGGCAUUGUUUUUGUCCAGAAGGCAUGAUAGCUCAUAGAAGGUUGGACCAUUGUGCAGUUCUUCCUAUAGAUUAAAUAAAAUUGCAGCAAAUGCAAAACAAAUAAAUGAUUGAGAAAGGAACACACUCAAGUUGUAUGUAAAUUAGUCAUUUUUUAUUCUUGGACCAUGUGCAAUGGGAGGAAGUAUCAAUGUAUAUCGUUUCCAAUAACCCAUAGUGAAACUAUAUGUCUCUAGUCUCUACUACACAUAUAUACAUCAGAAGUGUUUGGAAUUCAGUCUAA